UAUACAUCAAUAUUGCAGAAACGGACGGUUAUUUCAAUGAUAGCCGAAAAUCCUCUUAACUUCUUGUUUUUAUUCCAGGGUCGUUUUUAACGUGUUGAGUUAACUAUAAGGAGAAAGACAUGACUGAGUUAAGGAUGAGAGGAAGAGGAGCGGAUCCCGACAGCGUUAGUGGAAACAUGGAUUGACUGAGGGGAAGCAGAUCCUAGAUCUGUGCCUAUUUGAAGACCUUCACCCCGGAGUGCAGCUAACCACUGACAAGGAGGCAGCUGGAGAGGACAGAUUGGGUCUGGCUGGAGGAGAGGGAGAUGGAGACCGAGAGUCUAACGCAGGCACUCCAGAAGUUCCUCCCUCCACAGUAGACAACACUCCACAGUUCCUCAACAAGGCUGUGGAGGGCCUCAACCCCAGAUGGAAGAACUGGUGGAUCCGAGGGGUUCUGUCUCUGGCCAUGAUUUCAGGAUUCUUUAUGGUCAUCUACCUGGGACCCACCAUGCUCAUAUUAGUGGUGAUGACCAUCCAGAUCAAGUGUUUUCAGGAGAUCAUCGAUAUCGGCUACAGAGUCUACCAUUCCUACGAGCUGCCCUGGUUCAGGACACUCAGCUGGUACUUCCUGAUUUGUGUGAACUACUUCUUCUACGGUGAGACGUUGGCGGAGUACUUUGGUGCGUUGGUUCAGAGAGAGGAUUCACUCCAGUUCCUGGUCCGAUACCACCGCUUCAUCUCCUUCACUCUCUACCUGGCAGGUUUCUGCAUGUUUGUUCUGAGUCUAGUGAAGAAACAUUACCGUCUGCAGUUUUAUAUGUUUGCGUGGACCCAUGUAACCCUCCUGAUCGUGGUUACACAGUCUCACCUAGUCAUUCAGAACCUGUUUGAAGGAAUGAUCUGGUUCAUCGUCCCCAUCUCCAUAGUGAUAUGCAAUGACAUCAUGGCCUACCUGUUUGGUUUCUUCUUUGGCAGAACGCCACUCAUUAAGCUGUCUCCUAAGAAGACGUGGGAGGGGUUUAUAGGAGGCUUCUUCGGGACCCUGGUCUGUGGCUUCGUACUGGCCUACCUGCUAGCUCAGUUCCAGUACUUUGUAUGUCCUGUGGAGUACAACAGCGAGACCAACCGUUUCACCGCGGACUGUGAACCCUCUGACAUCUUUGUGAUGCAACAGUACACAUUUCCUUUCGCUGUCCAGAACAUCCUCACAUGGAAAACGGUGAACCUGUACCCGUAUCAGAUCCACAGUGUGGUGCUCUCCACCUUCGCCUCUCUGAUUGGUCCCUUUGGAGGAUUCUUUGCCAGCGGCUUCAAGCGAGCGUUCCAGAUCAAAGACUUUGCAGACACCAUCCCUGGUCACGGAGGCAUCAUGGAUCGCUUCGACUGUCAGUAUCUGAUGGCUACAUUCACUCACGUUUACAUAGCCAGCUUCAUCAGGACAAUGACCCAAUACACCUCCAGGCUGUGUAAGGGCUAUUUGACCAAGAAGGAGAGUGAUGGAGUGCUGCAUCAGAUGACCUGGCCUCCACAAUCACCUGACCUCAACCCAGUUGAAAUGGUUUGGGAUGGGUCGGACCGCAGCGUGAAAGUAAAGCAGCCGCCAACAAGUGCUCAUCAUAUGUGGGAACUCCCAAGACUGUUGGAAAAGCAUUCCAGGUGAAUAUGGUUGAGAGAACACCAAUAGUGUGCAAAGGGUGGCUACUUUGAAGAAUCUAAAAUAAAAUAUAUUUUGGUUACAACGUGAUUCCAUAUGUGUUAUUUCAUAGUUUUGAUGUCUUCACUAUUAUUUUACAAUGUAGAAAAUAGUCAAAUAAAAGAAAAAUCCUUAAAUGAGUAGGUGUGUCCAAACUUUUGACUGGUAGUGCAUUUCUGUAGGUAUGGAUCACUGUAAACAAAUGCAGAAAAAUUACAGUAAUUUUCAAAAUAAUUAGCAAAAUUUCCCGAAAUCCUAGUUGUAAUAUUCCCCAAAAAUCGUGAGGGAAUAAGCAAGAAAUCCGAUAUCCUCCAACCGGGAUUUCUGGGAAUUUGGGGAAAGUUACCCGGAAUUUGGCAACUAUAGCAACCAGCACACACUAUCACACUGUGUACAUAAGAAUAUCAUAUUUAUCUGAACAAAGACCUAAUAUCAAAUCUUUAAACUAUGAAAACUAUAUGCAAAAUAACCAUCCAAUGGGACGUUAUUAUUUAUCUGUAGCAAUAGCAUUAAUAAACUGUGGUUGAAUAGGUAGCUAGGUGGGGAGGGGGUAUACACUUUUUUUUGGGGGGGGGGGCAUCUAUUAACAUAUAAGGUGAACUGGUGGCUGCUGAUGUGAGAAUGUCUGGGGUAACUUAAACUUGAGAUUGUGAAAGAUAUAAUUUUUUUGCUACCUUUUUCGGUCUAGCCUUAUUAACCAAUUAUUUUAGUUGCACUAUAGUUGAUUGUCCAUCUCUCUUCAGCUGACCUGAACCAUUCAACUGUUCCAAUAUUCCUAUUAUUUUUCUUACCAGACUCGAUCUUUUGUAAAAAUGUGUAGAAAAUAACAUUUUAGAAGUCUACUUAUUUGUUGUAUUGUUGCUCUUAAAGGGGUUGGUAUUGAGAGAAUUCAAGAUAUUUUGGUAACAUUUCAUGUUAUGAUUGCGGUGUCAGGCGAAUUACAGUGCGUGUACACACAUACACUCAGUGGCCAGUUUAUUAGGUACACCACCCCGUUCACAUAAAUGCUUUGCUCUUCCAGUGAGUCAAGUGGAUGUGGUUUGCUAUAUAAAGGAAUCAGACAGGCAUCGAGACAUUCAGUUACUGUUCCAUUGACCGUUAGAAUGGGGGAAAACUAGUGACCCAAGUGACUGGGCGUGGUAUGAUCGUUGGUUCCAGUAUCUCAGAAACGGCCGGCCUCCUGGGUUUUUCCACUCACGACAGUCAGCGGGAGUCCUGCGGACGAAAACAGCUUGUUGAAGAGAAAGUCGAAGGAGAAUGGCAAGAAUCGUGCAAGCGAACAGGCGGGCAAAUAACGGCGCAGUAUAACAGUGGUGUGCUGAACGGCAUCUAGGAACGCACAACUCGUCGGACCGGGUUCCGGAAUGUUUUCGGACCGGGUUCCGGAAUGUUUUCGGACCGGGUUCUGGAAUGUUUUCGGACCGGGUUCCACUCCUAUCAGCUAAAAACAACAAGAAGAAGAAGCAGCUCCAGCAGGGACGCCAUCAUCAACACUGGACCACUGAAGAGUGGAAAAACAUCACCUGGUCUGACAAAUCCCAGUUCCUGUUGCAUCAUGUUGAUGGCAGAGUCAGGAUUUAGCGUAAGCAGCAUGAGUCCAUGGCCCCAUCCUGCCUGGUGUCAACGGUACAGGCUGGUGGUGGUGAUGUCGGGAAUGUUUUUCUGGCACAUGUUAGGUCCCUUGAUACCAAUUUGAGCAAGGUUUCCAUGUCCUGAAUAAUUCAGGCUGUUCUGAACGCAAAGGGGAGUCCAACCUGGUACUAGAUGGGUGUACCUAAUAAACUGGAAACUGAGUGUAUAUAAAGUAUAUUAUAUUCAGAAGAGUAGCUGUAUCUUUCAGAAAUGUGGUUGCUUUUGAAUCUAUAAAGGCAUAUGGAUGGGGCUUCUGUGUUAGGCUGGUAUUCAAUCAAACACCAGUACAGGAAAAUCUGCACUGUGGCAAAACAUUACCACUUUGCGGUAACAUGAAAGUCGUGAUUUGAUAAACAAUGUUUACUGGUUGAAAAAUAAUCAAAAAACAAACUCUCACUCGUUUGAAUGAUUCAAAGAAAGGGUGAUUUUUUGUUGUUGUUGUUGCAUUGGAGAGAGAGAAAAAAAUCCAUCUUGUGUCUUUUGAUUGGUUUGAAUCCAAACCUUCAUCUGUUCUGAUUAGCAGAGAGAGAUACUUCCAGAAACGUUUACUAAAGCACGGUCUGAAACACUUCCUUAUUUGAGGUUUUUACCUAUUUAUUUCCUCCAGAUACAUUUUUAUGCUUCCUGGUUUCUUUCUCAUGUUGAAGUAACUGCUCUCUUCUGUGGAUUUGUGGAACUAGUUCUGUACUGUAGAAUUGUGGUGUCACUUCUAAAGCCCUCCCCAUUGGCCAAAUGGCUUCUCUCUCUAUUGGUUCCUGCUUGGGAUUAGAUUUUUAUAGAUUGUUUCUGAUUGGAAGUUUUAACUGUCCACUCGCUUAUUAAAACACAUGAACAGAUGCACAUGGAUGAUAGAAAUCAAGAGUUCUUGGUUUGGCCCCAUACGAGAAACCUCUUCUUUAUGCUUCUAGGUAGAACCCUUUUGGUGGUGCGAAAGGUACAACCACGUAGAACAUUGCAUUAGUGAAAGGAAAGUGUUAUCUUUUGGAGGGUUCUCCUUAUGGUGGAACAAUUUCAGGAACCCUUUUAUGGUUCUAGGUAGCGCAGCCUUUUAAGAGGGUACAGCAUGUGGUGUUCAACACAACCCAGUCUGACCAAAAGUGGCGCUGUCCAAAGUAAAGAUGUGGUCGAGGCGUAUGAGACUUAAGGUGUGAAAUGGCUGCAGUUCAAAUGAGGUUUAAGUUGGUGUGGUUUUAGUUAUUUUGUGAUAAUAUAUAAGCCUAUAUACUGUUGGCAACACGGUAGUAUUACAAUGAACACGACCUAAAGUGCAAGUCCGAAAACCUAAAUACCAGGUAUUAUGCAAAAGUUUUGGGGUCUCAUGUCUUUUUAUCUUUUGACUCUUUUUCGUUUGUUUUGAUUGCUUAUGCAGAAUUGGUUUUCUAAUAAAUCUCUAGCUUUUUGAAGUGGGGUAAGAUUGAAAAGUUGACAUUGUAUUGUGAAAUAGAGAGUUAAGAUAAUAUAUACACAUAUUAACAUUUGAUUUGACACACACACACAGUUCUGUCUAAAAGCAUAGUGUGAAUAUGAUUAGUUACAUUGUGAUUCUGUAUGGAGGUGAAUAAAUCCUUUUUAUUUUUCCCCUUUAAAAAAAAUAUACAUCUCCUGGUUUUGUUUGUUUCUUCUCUUGAGAAUCUGAAUUCAUGAAGAUAUAUUUUCACCACAAGGUUCUCACCUGUUAAACCCUUUCAAGGAAGCACUUUUUUUUUCUCCUAAACUGAUUUUGUGCCGGAGCCUGUAUUCUAAGAGAGGACGAGUGCUGAUCCUGGAUCAGUUCUCUUGACGGCGCUAUGGAUGCAAGAUCGGUAUGUUACAUUUAAAAAAAAAAAAAUUAAAGACAGAUUGUUCCUUUUUUUUUUAAAGCAGUUUAUUUUUUUUAAAAGGACUUGCAGUGUUAACAGUGAUUGACAUAGCACUUGUAUAGCUUAAUCUCUUGGGAUCUACGUAAACACAACUGGUACUGUAGAAUUUUGUCGGGAAGGAAUGGGGGAAAACGAGCAGCAGUAGCUUGCAAAGAGGGGGGGUGGAGCUUCUCGUUCCGGUUCAGCUCCUCAUUUUAAACAACGCAUCGACCCAGAACUUCAAUCAGCUGACCAAUUAUGCAAGACAUUAGUUCUGGAUUAAGAACAUUUUGAUUCCUUAUUUGAGCUCUAAAAGCAGAUAACACUGAAGCAUUCUGAAUUUAAAGUGCUUUUUCAACAUCAAACACAAAACAGUAUUGCAGCAAUAACUGACCUUUUUUUAUCGGGAAAGAAACGUCACAUCCAGAAUAUUGCAAAGAAAAAACGUGUUUUGCACAUCUAUAUUAAAUAAAUCACUGUCUUGUCUUUC